CAUGUGGAAGCAGGCGAUUGGGUGUCAAGAAGAAAGCAGAGAGAGAGAGACGCAACAAAACCUGAAUGAUUGGGAAAUCCAACAACCAUCUCUGCUUGAGGACGAAGAGCACGGCGUAGAGCAAUCCAGUCACAAACCCUCUAAACCCUACUCUCCCAACCACUCCAGCCUCCAGGCAGAACACGGCGGCGGAGCAGAAUCCGGCGAAGCCCGUGGCGGAGACGAAGAACGCGAUGUGGAGGGGAGACGCGAGAAGAUCCGCAGAAGGCGUCUUCUUCAACGUCACAACAACCUUCCUCUGACAAGAAACCCGAAGAUGCUGAGAUCAAGCCUCAGGAUUCGGAUCAUGGUGUUUCUCCAAAGUAUCCGGUUUUGCUAGUAUCUCUUAACAAUGUCUAUUACUCUAAAAAUAAUAAUAAUAAAAGUUAAGAACUCAAAA